GUACGACGAAGUUAGGGCAGUCGAACCGCAUGCGAAAUAAAUUCUUUCUGUGGUUCUUAUUGCUGGAGACAGACACUGACAAAGGCAAAAAUGGGUCGUCGACCGGCCAGAUGUUAUCGCUAUUGCAAAAACAAGCCCUACCCCAAAUCUCGGUUCUGUCGUGGUGUGCCAGACGCUAAAAUUCGUAUCUUCGAUUUGGGUAAGAAGAAGGCAGGCGUAGAAGAUUUUCCACUAUGUGUGCAUCUUGUAUCUGAUGAAUAUGAACAAUUGAGUUCUGAGGCACUGGAAGCAGGACGUAUUUGCUGUAACAAAUACCUCGUUAAGAAUUGUGGUAAAGAUCAAUUCCACAUCAGAAUGAGGCUGCAUCCUUUCCAUGUUAUCCGCAUCAAUAAAAUGUUAUCGUGUGCCGGAGCUGAUAGGCUCCAAACUGGAAUGCGUGGUGCUUUUGGAAAACCACAAGGUACUGUUGCCAGAGUUCACAUCGGUCAACCAAUCAUGUCUGUUCGUUCCAGUGACAGAUACAAGGCCGCUGUUGUAGAGGCUCUGCGUCGUGCUAAGUUCAAGUUCCCUGGCAGACAAAAGAUCUAUGUUUCCAAGAAAUGGGGAUUCACUAAAUAUGAGCGUGAUGUAUAUGAGAAGCUUCGUGAUGAGGGAAGAUUGGCUCCUGAUGGUUGCAAUGUUCAAUACAGGCCAGAACAUGGACCAUUGAGCGCUUGGAAGAAGGUUCAAGAAGACCUCGCUGCCUGUUAAUUUUCUUACAAAAAAUAUGUAAAUGUAUCGAAUACAUUGAUAUAAACAAA